UAUAAGUACAUAUAAGUAAGUGAUUAUUUUAAGCCCGUAUCUUUGUAUGUUAAAAUUGAAGAAGCACUCUAGUAACAGUAGCUUAGAAACCUAGGUGGCUUAUAUCUCUAUCAAUUUUUCUAACAUAAAGUUUAUUUCCCCAUAUUUAAACAGAAGUCACUGUGGACAAAUAGUGACCAGGCGAAAGUUGACAAAAAGGACAAAAGGACUAAAGGCAUUAAUCAUGGCAACAAGACAACAGCAUGAACGGCGGUUGGGAGAAGACGAAAGAAUUAGACGCCAAAACAGCAGUAGCGAGGAAGAGAAGAGACGAAGAAUGAAAGAGCUUGAAAGACAGAAAGAAAUAGAGAGAAGAAAAAGAAACGAAGAUCCAAGAGUGAAAGAUAUAGAGAGAAUUAAACACAUGAACUUGGACGGAAGAAGGGCAGAAGAGGAUAGACGUCAACAGCAAGACAGAAGAAAGGAGGAAGAGCUGAGAAGAAGAAAGCAAGAAUACGAAAAGCAGGAAGAAUUAGAGCGAAGAAGAAGAAACGACGAUCCAAGGCAGAAAGAAGCAGAGCAAAGAAGAAGAAAUAACGAUCCAAGACUUACAGAAUUAGAGAGACUAAAACAACAAGACAGAAGAAAAGAGGAAGAGGCGAGAAGAAGAAAGAAAGAAUAUGAAAGACAGAAAGAAUUAGCGCUGAGGAGAAAAGAGGAAGAAAGGCAAAGACAGAAGAGAGAUCCAUAUGCUCCACGUGAUUUUGAUGAUGAAGACGAGGAGACCGAAGAAUCUCCAGAAGAGACAGAAACAGCGGAAGCUGACAAGGAGGCGUGGGAACUUGCAUAAUGUUCAAAAAUUCCACAUAUGGUUGACUGAAUACAAGGAGUCAUAGAUAAUAGACUGGGAAAUGAUGUGAAAAGUUCCUGGAAACAUUAUUGUUAUCUUUUAAAAAUAACAUAAUCACAUUUUAUAACUUCAUUUGUAUACAUCUGUUUAUGUUAUUUGAAAUCCAACUGUUACGACCUCCGUUGACAAGUGGUUACAGAGGCCUCUGACUUCAAAUAUUACUGUCCCUUACUCUCGAGGAUUCGAUACCCAUUCGGGUUUUAGAAUUCGUCCGUUUGAGGAAGCUACAUACUGCCAUAAGGCUAAUGAUUCUACCAGGAAUACGUCCGAACCUUCAGUAAUGCAGUGUCACUUUGAAAGUGGCCUCAAGAAAACAAAGCACACUGCUACAAAUGUUAUAUAUUUCAAAUAUUUUACUUCUAUCAUUUUCGUUAGAUUGCUUUUAUGUUUCUUUCAACUUCUGUGUGUCCUUCAAUUUCAUAGGCAUUUUCAGAGAUACAAAGAUGUUUUGAAAACUACCAGUCGUGCCUUUUCAAAAAGACGAUCGAUUGCAAUAAAGGUUUCUUUUCAGAGGGUGAUUUACCGCUUGACAACUGAUGAACAUCAAGUAAUGAGGAUAUAAAUAGAUGCAUAAUAUUAUUAUUGAACAGUUACUAAACAUAGGCGAUGAAAGUUCAAGUUGACGGUUGAAUAUAAAUGUUGUGAAUGUGGUAUAGUUUACUUUCGGUAUAAUAUUACAACAUUGAACAAUUCAUUGCUAAUAUUAUUAAUGGUCACUAAAAUUAAUGUGGGAGAUAUGAUGCAUGAUUAUUUUUACACUUUUAUUUAUUUAGAACUACUCUUAUUUAAUUCUAAUAACCAAGUAUAUUGAUAAUGUGGUGUUAUUUCUUUUUUGUUUACAAUGUAGAUAAUUAAAGUUGAUACUAUACUUUAUAAUGUUU